GACAGCGCUUCCUGAACGUUCUCAAACAGCGACGGAAGUAGUUGCCGGCAGAAAGUGGGCGGGGCCCGAGGCAAUCCAAUGAUAAGCGGCUCCUGGAGGAAGGGGGCGGUACCCCGUAAAAGGAUUGUCCAAUGAGAAUCACCAACGUCAGGCACCCGAACACCGCCGGCGCGGAGGGGAAGAUGGAGAAUUUCACGGCGCUGUUCGGGGCUCAGGCUGACCCACCACCGCCCCCAACCGCACUCGGCUUCGGACCGGGAAAGCCUCCACCCCCGCCUCCCCCUCCUCCGGGCGGGGGACCCGGCACGGCCCCGCCCCCCACCGCAGCCACGGCCCCUCCCGGCGCCGACAAGUCAGCGGCGGGUUGCGGUCCCUUCUACCUAAUGCGGGAAUUGCCAGGCAGCACAGAGCUGACAGGCAGCACCAAUCUGAUCACACACUACAACCUGGAACAUGCCUAUAAUAAAUUCUGUGGGAAGAAGGUGAAGGAGAAGCUAAGUAACUUCCUGCCUGAUCUGCCAGGGAUGAUUGAUCUGCCUGGUUCCCAUGAUAACAGCAGCCUUCGCUCCCUCAUUGAGAAGCCCCCUAUUCUUGGUGGCUCUUUUAAUCCUAUCACAGGGACCAUGCUGGCAGGCUUCCGCCUCCACACUGGCCCGUUGCCAGAGCAGUGUCGUCUGAUGCAUAUUCAGCCUCCCAAGAAGAAGAAUAAGCACAAGCACAAACAGAGCCGUACCCAGGAUCCUGUCCCCCCAGAAACACCAUCUGAUUCGGAUCACAAGAAGAAGAAGAAGAAAAAAGAAGAGGAUCCUGAACGGAAAAGGAAGAAGAAAGAGAAGAAGAAAAAGAAGAACCGACACAGUCCAGAUCACCCAGGUAUGGGCAGCUCUCAGGCCAGCAGCAGCAGCAGCCUCCGCUAACAGGACCACAGGACUCUGUCAGAAGAACUUUUCCUGCUCUACUGAACCUGAUGACAAAAGCUGCCUUCCCGGCUCUUGGACACUGCCUUGGGAGCAUCCCCUACGGGUGGGACAGAAGCCAGCUCCUACUGUGCUCGGUUAAGAUUGAUGCGUUGUAAGAGAGAAGGGCCAUGCUUUUGUAAGGCUCACCCCAGAUGGCUUUCUCAUGGACAUCUCGUCCUCUCCCAGAAAGCUUUCUUUUCAUCUCUUUUGUGCAAUUUGCCUGAUUUAGGACUUUAACUCAUUUGUUAGGGUUUUUCUUUUCAAAAAAAAAAAUUGUGUUUAUCAACUGGCUGAAGUGUGGCUCCCUGUUAAGAGGUAAGUGCCUUUCCGUGAGAUUCAGGGUUUAAGCCAAGGCAUGUUGAGAUCUGAGGGGAUUCGGGUCUUGUAUUAUAUUAUCUGAUCAGCAGGCAGGGAAACAACCAAAAUGAGAUUGGGGAACAUGGUCCAAAAGUAAGGCAGAGCUUGCUAAUACUUCCACAGCAGCCACAUAAGACUCUGCCCAUAAUGUUGAGAAGCAAGUACCUGGAUGAUCUUCAGACUCCAUCUGAAGAGCUGAUCCGGUUAAGGCUCAACUGUGUGGUAGGUCAUUUUGUGUUGAAACAGAACAGCCAACUGAAGAAGCACCCACAAUCACCAAUGUAUUUCAACAAGGUCGAUUCUUGGUCAAGCCUAUGAUUUUUUAAAAUAAACCUCUGGCAAGCAAAA